ACAAGAGUUUCCAGAUGUUUGAGUGGGAUCGAAGCGAAGGAACCGUCGGUGCAGCAUCCCCUAGGAUGUCCCCCGAAGCCCUCCUGGUCGCUCGCGCCAGGGGGUGGCGCGAGGAAGCUGAAAACGGCGACGUCCUCGCACGAGAACGGUGGAGAUGAUCGUGACGGGUGGCGUGGCCGUCGUGGUUGCGGCGCUGUCCGAAAAAUCAAAAAUAGCCGGUGUGCCAGUCAGUGCGGCGAUGUCGACGGCGAACGACGUUUCGGCGGUACGGUUCGGCCGGUGGUGGUGGUGCUGGCGGAGACGAAGGAGGAGUACUACCUGCAGGUCAACGAUGCCGAUGGGAUACUCGAAGACGUUCGUUCUUCUCGGUAUACUCUCGGUGAUAUGCGCCCUCCUGGGCACCGUGGACGCCGUCGCAAAGACGAAAUCGGACGAACCGCGUGGCAAAGGGUCUCACAAGGACGCGGAACCUGUCAUCGAGGAAGUCAACGCGAAGCAACUCGAGCGGCUCCUCAACGAGAAGGAUUUUGUUGCCGUGUAUUGGUAUGCGAGAAGCUGCAUAACAUGCGACAAGGUGCUGGCCGAACUGGAGAAGAUCGACGACGACACGGACCACUUCGGGGUCGACUUCGUGAAAAUCAACGACAAACGACUGGCCAAGCAGUAUGGCAUCAAAAACUUCCCAGCCCUCACGUAUUUCCGCGAAAAGGAACCAAUCAUUUACGAAGGUGACUUGAUGGACGAAGAAAACGUGCUAGACUUCUUGACGAGUCUAGAAGCAAUGGACCUGCCCGAUCGUAUCGAAGAGGUAAACUCAAAAAUUCUGGAGAAGAUCGUCGAGGACACGGAAUUCGUGGCAGUCCUUUUCUGUCCGGAUACGCAGCGGUGUGCUGGCGUCGGUUCUAACAAACCAGACUGCAAAAAGUGUCUGAAGGCCCUUCAAGAAUUGGAGAACAUCGACGACGAAGCUGACCAGUUGGGCAUCGGUUUCGUGAAGAUCGCCGACGAGCAGCUCGCGGACGAAUACAAUCUGGGCCCUCUUCCAGUUUUAGUCUACUACAGACAUCAAAUUCCCAUCAUUUACGAGCACGAGCUUAGCAGAGAAGAGGAUGUGUUGGAAUGGCUCAUAGCGAACAAGAGCACAGGGGACGAAGAAGACGUGAUCGAAGACGUCACCUCGAAAACCCUCCAGACCCUGAUCGGAAACAUCGACAACCUGGUCGUUCUAUUCUACGACCAUGGUGACGAGGAUUCGAUGCAGGUGCUGACCGAGCUGGAGAAGAUCGACGACGAUUGCGACAAGCAUGGAAUCCAAUUCGUGAAGAUCGAUGACGAAAAGGCGUCGAAGGACUUUGGAAUCGAUUCGGUUCCUGCGAUCGUCUACUUUGAGAAGCAGAUCCCAAAUGUUUACGAUGGUGACGUCGAAAACGAGGACGAAAUAUUAGAGUGGUUGCUGUCGCAGCUGGAGAAGGACGAGAUCGAAGACGUUACCGACGAAAUGUUGGAUCGUCUGAUCAAAGAUGGAAAGACUCUGGCCGUGCUGUUUUACGACAACAACGAUCGGAAGUCUCAGAAGAUUCUCAAUGAAUUGGAAAACAUCGACGACGAGUGCGAUCAGCUCGGAGUGAUCUUCGUGAAGAUAGACAACGCGGAGGAGGCAAAGGAAUACGGUAUCGAGAAGGUUCCCAGCAUGCUGUACUUCGAAAAGGGGAUCCCAACUUUGUACGAGGGGAAUCUGGAAGACGAGGAGAAGGUUCUGAAAUGGAUCGAGCAACAGCACAAGAGCGAUCAAAUAGAGGACAUCACCGACGAAAUGCUCGACAUGGUCAUCGAGAAGAUGCCACACGUAGCCGUCCUCUUUUACGACAAGGAUCAGAAGAAAAGCCAGAAGAUCCUUUCCGAACUGGAGAACAUCGACGACGACUGCGACCAACACAACAUCGCGUUUGUGAAGAUCAAUGAUCUGGACGAGGCCAAAGAAUACGGCAUCGACAAUUUCCCGACACUGGUACUCUUCGAGAGAAGAAUACCGCACAUAUACGAAGGGGACUUGAUGAACGAGGAUCAGCUGCUGGGCUGGUUACUGCAUCAGAAGAAACAUACAGAGAUACCGGAAGUGACAGACGAGAUGAUGGAGAAGCUGAUCGAGACCUCACCGUACUUGGCAGUCCUGUUUUACGACAAGGAUGACAAGCAGGACAUACGUAUCCUGAACGAGCUGGAGAACAUCGACGACGAGCUCGAGAAGGAAGGCAUAGUCAUCAUUAGGAUGGACAAUGACGCCGAGGCGAAGGAAUACGGUAUCGAUCAUCUGCCGACUUUGGUCUACUUCGAGAACAAGAUACCGGCGAUUUACGAAGGAGACCUCUUGAACGAGGACGAGGUGCUCGAGUGGCUCAUCGAGCAGAAGAACACCGCCACCAUCGAGGAGGUCACGGACGAGAUCCUGGCCGAUCUAAUCGAAGAACACGAAUAUGUUGUCGCGUUUUUCAGCGGAGACUGCGAGGAUGGUGACGAGUGCGACAAAGUUCUCGAAGAACUCGAGAAUAUCGACGACGAGCUGGACGAGACAGGCAUCAUCUUCGUCACAACGGAAGACACCGGAUUCGCGAAGAAACACGGCAUCAAAAGCUUUCCUACGUUGGCCUUCUUCAGAAACAAGGAGCCACUGAUCUUUAAAGGCGACAUCGAGGACGAAGACGAAGUGCUGUCGUGGAUCACCGACGAGGACACCCUCGAAAUCCCAGGAAAGAUCGAGGAAGUGAAUGCCAAAAUGCUGGAAAACAUCCUCGAAGAGAACGAUUACAUCGUCGUCUACUUUUACAAAGAAGGUGACAAAAAAAGCCAGAAGAUCCUGCAGGAACUGGAGAACAUCGACGACGAGUGCGAGGAAAAAGAUAUCGAUUUCGUGAAGAUCUCGGACGAUGGGAUCGAGAAAGAGUACGAUCUUCCUGGUCUACCGGCGUUGGCGUUUUACAGACACAAAUUCCGUCAAGUCUAUAACGGCGACAUGAUGCACGAAGAAGCAAUUUUGGAAUGGAUCCUAGAUCUUCGUACGCAAACUCCGGAUGUGAUCGAAAGCGUCGACAGGAAGACGCUACAGGUCCUCAUCAACGACGUCGAGCAUCUUGCUGUAUUCUUUUACGAUGAUAAAUGCGAAUCGUGUCCGGAAAUUCUCGAGGAGCUAGAAACCAUUGAUGACGACACUGACAAACACGGUAUUCAAUUCGUAAAGUCGAACGACGCAAAAUUAGCCGCCGAAAUCGGCGUGUUCUCAUUUCCGGCUCUCGUUUAUUACGAGACUGGCGUCCCCAUCAUGUACGACGGUAAUCUGCUCGACGAGAACGAAGUGCUCGAUUGGAUGGUGAAGCAGAAAACGGACGAGAGCAUCGAAGAGAUCGAUCGUGACACCCUCGCCAAGUAUAUCGAGACGAAAGAGUUCCUGGCUGUCGUUUUCUACAAGGAGGAAGAUCCAGAGAGUCCCAGAGUGCUCAGGCACGUCGAGCUGAUCGACGACGAGGCUGCCGAGUACGGCAUAAAGAUCGUUAGGAUGAAGGAUCGACUGAUGGCGAAGAAGUACGGAUUCCGAAAUCCGCCGGGCAUCACGUACUUCCGCAAAGGCAAAAACAUCAACUACGACGGGGACAUCGACGACGAGGAGGAAAUUCUCGAUUGGCUAACCAAUCCCGAGAACAUGGAGCUCACCGAUCACAUCGAGCGUAUCAAUAAGAAGAUGUUCCAGAAGAUACGACAGACCACUGAUUAUCUGGCUGUGUUCUUCUACAGCAACGACUGCAAACAGUGUGGCAGAGUACUGACAGAGAUCGAGCACAUCGACGACGAGGCCGAUGGAGCGGGAAUUAAGUUCGUGAAAAUCGACGACAAGCAAUUGUCCAAGCAGUACGGUGUCUUCGCCUUGCCGGCCAUAUUGUUCUUUAAGAUGUCCUCGAAGGAGCCGGUCAUUUACGCAGGUGAUCUGUACGAUGAAGAACAAAUCCUCCAGUGGCUGAUGACGCAGAAGGAUCCCUCCGGAGACAAAAUCGAGGAUCUGGAUGGAGAGGAUCUUCUGAAUUUGAUAAGAGAAUCGGAAUCGUUGGCGGUAUACUUCUGGAACAGAACGCUUUGCGACUUGUGUGAGGCAAAAUAUCAGCGCAAGCAGGGCCGCCACAAGGAACGCAGGAUCGUCGAACACGACCCGGUGGAGGAACUCGAUGACGUCGAAGACUGCGGCCAGUGCAUGGGAAUUUUGGAAGAGCUGGAGAACAUCGACGACGACUGCGACAGGCACGGCAUCACGUUCGUUAAAACCCAAGACUACAAGGUAGCAGAAGAUUAUGGAGUCACCGACUUUCCCGUGUUAGUGUAUUUCGAGAAACAAGUGCCCAACGUGUUUGAAGGAGACUUAUCAGUGGAGGAGGAAGUUCUGCAAUGGCUAAUCACACAGAAAACCGAGGAUCGAAUCGAACUAAUAACCAGAGUGAUGCUGGAAUCGUCGGUCGAAGACACUCAAUACCUCGCGGUUUACUUUUACAAGCAAAAUUGUCACAUAUGCGAUGAAAUUUUGGAAGGAUUAGAGAAAAUCGACGACGAGUGCGACGUGUUCGGCAUUCACCUGGUGAAGAUUCAGGAUCCCCAGCUGGCGAAACGUUAUUCGAUCAAAACGUUUCCAGCCCUCGUCUAUUUCCGAAAUGGCAAUCCACUUUUGUUCGAAGGUGAUCUACAAAAUGAACAGUCGGUUCUCGAGUGGUUGAUCGACGACGACAAUCGAGAACUGGCGGACGAGAUAGAAUCCGUUAACGAGAGGAUGUUGGAAAGACUUCUCGACGAAUCGCCGUUCCUGGCAGUUUUCUUCUACGACGAAGACUGCCCCGAGUGCGACGACAUCAUGGAGGCUCUGGAAAAGAUCGAUGGCGAAGCGGACUUAUUCGGUAUCGAUUUCGUCAAGGUGUGCAGCACCGAGGCUGCCGAGAAAUACGAAAUUCAUAACAUCCCGUCGCUCGUUUAUUUCCGUAAAAAGACGCCGCUAAUCUACGAUGGCGAUCUAACGCAGGAGGACAAGAUCCUCCAGUGGUUGACUUCCCAGGACGUCUUCGAGAUCAAAAACGAGAUCGAGGAGGUCAACAGAAAGAUGCUGGACAAGCUACUGGACGAAAACGAAUUCCUAUCUGUCUUCUUUUAUGAACAUGACAACAAAGAGAGCGAGGAAGUGCACGAGAAGUUGGAGAACAUCGACGGAGAGACGGACAACUUGGACAUCACGUUCGUGAAGAUGGCCGACCCGAGAUACGCCAGAAAAUGGGGCGUCACCAAACUUCCUGCCAUCGUUUACUUUCGCAAGAGAUUCCCCAGUAUCUAUCGAGGCGACAUGCACAAGGAACAAGACGUGCUCGAGUGGCUACGCAAGAACAGGUACCGUCAACCGGAACUGAACAUCUACAUGUACAUGUUGAUCGCCAUUACCGUCCUGUUCGCCAUGUACACCGGUUUCCUCUUGUCGUGCUUCCGGUCGGAGCCCGCAGCGGCCGCGCCGCAUCCAAAGCAAGCGUGAAAACUCGAACGAAAAGAGAGCCGGUAAACGCAAGAAAGUGUACAGAGACUCCGUGGACUGUUGCUGCGCGAAUGUGCGUUGUUGUUGCUCUGACUUGUUUCACAUAUGCCUAACCAACGCUGUUCGUCCGGAACGAACGCUCCGAUCAGAGGCUCGACGAUACGACGAUAAGAAUUGUUGUUUUUGUACGACAUCGACGGUUGCCAUGUUUCGCUAGCCGAUGAACGAACAAAUAGUAUACGUUACUUAGCUACAGCCAUGCUACGUUCAAAUCGUCCGUGAAUUCACGUUUGAGCGAAGCAUGAAUUGCGAUCAAGGGGAAAAUUAAGGAUAACGCUGUCGUGGCACGGUGUAUGUGUAAACGUGGACCAAGUCCAUCGUCCUUCAUCAGGAGAUUCAGACCUCUGUUCAAUUGAGAAAACGCGAACGAUUCGGGAGGUUGAGAGGGGAAUUACUGUUAUCGCAUGAAAGAUAUUUAUUAUUACACAAUUGCUAUAUUUUUAGCCGCGUUGAAAUCACCAUGUUGCGACACUUUGUUUACUACAUAUGCGAUUCGCAUACAUAUUCGACCACACUCUGUGUAAAAUUAAAUCGUUGAUCUGGUUUGAUCAUCUACAUAUCAGGAAUUCUUUGCUGUGUUUUAGAGUGAAUAAAUUUAUCGACGCGAGUACACUGUCGCAAUUUAAGGAUUGUUGGUGGUCGAUGAUUGUCGACAAGUAAGUGUAAUUAUUAUUCUAAUGGUUUUCUUUCGUACUGGUUAGCGCAACAUUUACUAUCGUCAUCGAUGGUUUCGACAAUCAUUUUGCGUGCGGUUGAUCACCUUUGGUCCACGUGCGUCACGUUCGCAAAGACGAUUGUCACGACCGUUGCGUUAAUCCGCGUUUCUUUUUGGAUCCUCCGCGACGAUGGAUCGGUACCGACUUCUGUUAAAUAAACGAAAGGGUAAAAGAUUGAAAGCAUGGCGAAUAAUAUCGUCUAUCGAAGACCACGCCAUUAAGAGGACUAACGAUAUCAACUAAUCAUAAGGAAUAAAAAAAAAAAAAUACGAACCCUUGGACCAAUUCCAAUCUGUUUAAGUGCCACUUCCGUCUGCCAAUUGUAAAUAAUGUAAUAGUGUGAACGAUGCAUUACAUAAAAGUAAAUACGAUGGUUUUCCUUUACUUUUACGUUUUACUUUCUUCUUUUUUUUUUCGCAGAAAUCCACAUAGAUUAUAAUCAAUAUUGCAUAUACACGUAAUUUUAGUUCUUUUGGAUACUUCUUUAAUUUAGAGACUUCGUUGAUAUUUCGAAAAUAUGUAUUUGAGACAGUUCUCGAAGAAGUGAAUAUGAUUUUCAAAAUACAUCUGACAUUAUGUUACA